AUGGAACAAUACCAUGCACUCUCAGACUCGACUAUGGAUUCACUCCUGGAGAACCUCGAAGACCUGCUUGACACAGUCGGAAACCCGGACCUGGAGGUUGAGUACCACAGUGGUGUCUUGACUCUCAACCUGGGUGAACAUGGUACAUACGUGAUAAACAAGCAACCUCCCAACAAGCAAAUCUGGUUGUCCUCCCCGGUUAGUGGACCAAAGCGCUACGACUACGACGAGGAGCUAGAUGACUGGAUAUACCUCCGGGACGGCCAACCCAUGGGAGACCUGCUGAAUACUGAAUUGAGUCAGGCACUGGGGAUGCCUGUGAAUCUCGGAGUUGACCAUGUAUCGGAGAAGGUGCAGUGA